GCGCUCUCAAAAGUGAGACGGCCCAGACGUCCUUCGACGCCGACGCCGCGGCUCUCGUGACGCUGCAACAACAACUGACGACGUGUAAGUUCUCGGGAGGGAACAACUGCCUUGACGACGUCACCAGUAUCUCUGUGUUGGGGGCCUAUAAACAGGAAACUGGAUACUGCGCAGCCUUCGACGCUGCCUACGUGAACGUGACGGCUGGUGCGGCACUGCCUGCCCAGUAUUUUCCUAUUGGAGUGGAGGAGGCUUAUGCUCAAGGAUUUACUAAUAACUUUUCGGCCUGGUCCGAGACCAACCAGGAGAAGUUCCAAAUGGACUGCCCAUUGUUGUACAACGAGACUGUAAUUGGAGAAGGAGAAGAGCUGCUCUGCUGCACGGAGACGCAGUACGAAAUGCUGAGUUUGCAGGUCCGUGAAUUACCUGGACAGUGCACGUCUUGUAAGGAAAAUCUGCGCAAUUUAUGGUGCCAAUUCACGUGCCAUCCGAGCAACAGUUUGUUCCUGGAUGUGAAGCAGGUUCGGCUUAUGGAGGGAGACGCUGAUCACGCGGACGAGGUCUUUCCUGCUAUUGAGGAGGCCACGUACUAUGUGGGCAGCGAUAUGGUACAGAUAUACUGGAGUAUCUAGGAGCAUACAGCUUUAACGGUGUGGGGUCACCGUCUCAAGUGAACUUCACGACGAAGGAGCAAUUAUCAGAGACGGAACAAGAAGAGAAGAUCUGUCCCUGUGGCAGUUCGAAUACGACUGGAUGCUUCGCGCCGAUGGAUUCACUGCUUAACUCGUGUGUGGAUACGUGCGGCUCGAUGUGUGCAGUGAGUGCAGACGACAGCAGAGGAUACGAAGUGGCUUGCUACAGCGCCGGCAGUACAUCGGCUGAUGUAAGCACGGACAGCAUGAAUACCACCAGUCUUCCAGACAAGAUCGAGUCGCUACUGUCUGACUUGAUGUCUCGUGCUGAAACUGGUAGCUUUGAAGUGCUGAACUACGUUCUGGCUGUUCUCGCAUUCCUUGCAGCUACCGCAUUGGCACUCGGGUUCGCGUACUCUACUCGGUAUGGCAAGAGGAAGCGACAGUCCGUGUUAAAUGACCCUGUGAACGAGUUUAUGGGUUCUGGUAUGUUGUCAAUGAUCAACCUGGAUCAACUGAAGGGUAUUGGGCGCUGGGAUGAUCGCCUAACCCAGCUACUGAAACGAUGGGGUGACUUUGUGGCCAUGGGGAACCACCCGCUCUACAUUAUUCUACUGUCGUUGAUGCUUGUGGUGUGCUGCUCUAGUGGCCUAGCGCGCUUGGAAGUGGAGACAGACUCGUUGAAGUUGUGGGUCACAGAGGGCAGCACUGUGUUCCAAGAGAGGACGCGCUUCAAUGAGAUGCUCGGACCUGUGGAUCGACUGGAGCGCUUGGUGCUCGUAGCAAAAGAUGGCGGUGCAGUGACUCGACCGAGUUACCUCAAGGAGGCCAUCCGUUUACAACAAGUCGUUGCGAAUGAGGUCACAUCGAACAGCGUUAUGUUGAGUGAGAUCUGCGUCAAAGAUGCUGAGAACUCGCCUUGUCAAGUGAAUGCCGUGACGCAAUAUUUCCAGAACAACAUGGAGCACUUCGAAGUGUAUGAGACUUACGGUCUGGUAGGUAAACACUUGACGAACUGUGCUAAUGCUCCUGAACGAGCCGAUGCUGCGGUGUGCAGUGAGUUACAAGCGCAACUUAACGCCUCUGGCUCGUCGCUUCCAACCAGUAUGAGCGACUGCCCGUGUGUAUCAUCGUUUGGUAUGCCAAUGUCUGAGUUACAGGAGUAUCUGGGUGGGUUUACAUUGGACGAUAACUCGAUAGACACCAGCACGUAUCUGGAACAAGCGACGACUCUGUUUUCGACUGCUAUGGUGAUGAACCAUCAGGACGAGACCAAAAACGCAGAUGCUAUUGCUUGGGAGCGUUCGUUUAUCGCUCGGAUGGAGGAAGAGGCUAAGGACAAUGCUCUAUACGACAUUUACUAUGCUGCUGAGACGUCAGCAGACGACGAAUUUGCCGCUGCUUCCAACUUGGACAUCGUAUUCAAGGCUGGGACUGCAGCGUUUCUCUUUAUGUUUGUAUACGUGGUCAUUGGCCUGAACCACUGGAAGGUGGACCGUCGUUUCUUCCAUUCGUCGAAGAUCGGAGUGGGUUUUAUGGGUGUUUCAUGCAUUCUAAUGGCAGUGGGUGGAACAUUGGGGAUUUUGGCGUGGACUGGUGCGAAGCUCCAGAUUGUGACGCUUGUGGUGUUGCCGUUGGUGACGCUCGCGAUCGGGACGGGCAACAUCUUCUUGAUCCUGCAUGCUGUUGACUUGAAACAGGAAGAAUUGAAGAUGGAGCAACGAUCGCUGUUUGUUGGGCUGGAAGACAACGACUUUGGUAUCCAUGAGAUCACGUGCGUUCUACUGUGUGAAGCUGUUGGCCACAUUGGCCCCAGUAUGAUCCUGACGGCCAUGUGCGAGUGCUGUAUCGUUGCCUUUGCUGCAUAUUCAGCGAUGCCCGCGGCGCAGUGGUUGGCUGGAUCACUGGUACUUGGACUUGCAGCCAGCUUUACUCUGCAGAUGACCUUGCUCCUCGCCAUUGUAGCGCUGGACAAGCGUCGUGAGUUGAGUGGCACGUACGAUGUGAUCUGUUGCAAGCGCGCUUCAUUUGCUCGCCGUCCAUGUCUCUCGGAGGAUGAGACUACAACUACGACACAGAACUCAUCGUUCCCAGGGAGCGCGUUCUCCAUGCCUGAUCUGAAUCUGAUGAAGCGCUGUGUUACGGGCUACGUGCAUGUGCUACUGAAGAAGGUUUCCAAGGUUCUUGUGCUCCUCGUAUUCGGCGCUUGCUCUCUGGUGGCCAUCGUGGCGAUUGAGACGAUGGAUCGCGGUCUGUCGCCUACCUCGUUCAUCCCAACUGAUUCGUAUCUGCAUUCGUACUACCGUGCUGUGGACGAGAACGAUCUGUCAAGGAAGGAGUUCCCUGUCUAUUUCGUGGUUGAAGCUGGUUACGGUAACAACCGUGAGAAUUUCAAUGAUCUUGCCAAUGAUGCAGCAACUCAGAGCAAAUUCUGUUCCUCGAAGGAAAUCUGCGACGACCUGUCGAUCCCGAACAUCCUCAACGCGUUGGCAGCGCAUGGAGACCGUAACGUCGUGUACUUCAAAGACGACGUUGUUGGCUCCUGGCUGGAUGAUUUCUGGGGAUUUGUCAAACCGGACAGUGAAUGCUGUCGUGUUGACCCGAAGAAUGACUAUGCGUACUCUCCUCUUCGUCCUGAAGAGAGCAGUGCUGAGUAUAUUCUGGAACGCGCCUCAGUGGCGCCAUCGUGUCUGAAUGAUGCAAGUGACGCGUUGUCGGUGCCUCAAGAAUCGUUCAUGUCGUUGGUCAGUAUGUUCUCGACUGCUGCCACGGGACCGCUUUGCACAUAUGCAGCUGGCACGCGGUACCAUGGACAGCUCAGUAUCGAUAACGGACCUAUUCCAGCUAUGAGCAGCAGGGCAACUGUGACGAUGAAUGGCACUGGCUACGGCAACGAUGUGACUGCGUUUGCCUACAAGGUUUUAAGCACCACUGAGGCUUCGUCUACGAUUUCUGGCAGUCAAGAGGGGGCGGUGACGGCGUAUUCUCAGGCUCAAUACAUCGCCAAGUGGAUCAGUGACGAGACUGGUGUCGAUGUGUGGGUAUACUCGCCAGCAUACGUCUACUUGGACCAGUUCCACUCAAUCCGUCGCUCUGCGUAUGUUGUCGUUGGUCUCGGACUUGCUGUGGUGCUGGUAUUACAAUGUGUGGCUCUGGGAAGUUACGGCUAUGGAAUUGCAGUGACGUUCAUUGCAGCACUUACGGUUGUCCAAGUCGCUGGUUUGAUGAUGCCGAUGGGUGUGCCUCUCAACUCACUGUCGAUUGUGAGUCUCUCGAUUGCUGUGACGUUCUCUGUGGGCUUCUCCAGUCACUUCGCUCGUCUAUUUGCCAAGGCUCGUACCAUCACAGAUGACUCGGGUUAUGCUCCAACGGGAGAUGCCUGUGUGAAGAAAGUUUUGACGAAGCUAUUGGCCUCAUGGACUCUUGGUGUCGCUCUCUCGAAGUUCGUUGCCAUCGCUGCACUUGCACUGGUGGCUACUCCUGUGUUUGAGCCGGCAGGUAACUGCUUCUUCCGUACACUGAUGGCCGCUGCGGUGUGCUCCUGGCUUAACGGUGCGGUGCUGCUUCCUGUGGUUCUCAGCGUCGCAGUUGAUGCAACUGAAGGUCGUGUGCGUGAUGUGAAGCCUACGAACGAGGAAGGAGGCGAAUAUUCACGUGAGAGUCCCUUGUCAUCGUACCACAACGCGCCUCUGACCAAGUAAGUGCGGGUACCUCAUGCAUAUUACGAGAAAACGAGAACGCUGGAAAUGGUCUCCACAUGAACAAGAAAGGAAUCCCAUGUGUACAUUUUGGCUCUGGGCAACCAAAGCAAGGCAAAAUAGUGGAGAACUGUCUAACAGCAUGAAUGUAUUUUAUAUUUUGCACC